AUGAGCAACUCUGCCACGAGACGCACUGUCAUCAUCACCGGUGCCGCCGAAGGCAUAGGACGCGCAAUCGCAACGAGGCUAGCAAGAGAUGGAUAUGACCUUGGCCUGUUCGAUCUCCCCCAUGCGCGCGACAGGCUAGAAGAAUUAGCCGAAAGUACCCGGACCAGGCAUGGUGCCAAAGUCUGCAAUGUGUACGGGGAUGUAACAGUAGAGGAUGACGUCAAGCGGCUCGUGGAGACAGUUGUGCAAGAGCUCGGCGGCCUGUAUGCUUUUAUCGCUAAUGCUGGCAUCGCUCGGAUCGGUACUCUCCAUGAGGUGCCGACGGAGGAGUUCGACAAGUUGAUGAAUGUCAACGUCAAGGGGGUGUUUUUCAGUUACAAGUACGCCGCUAUACAGCUCAUCAAGCAAGGCCAUGGUGGACGUAUGAUUGGUGCAGCGUCAGCCGCUGGAAAGAAAGGAGCUUCGGGAUGGGGCGUCUACAGCGCCUCAAAGUUCGCGGUGCGGGGUUUGACCCAGUCCGCUGCGAUGGACUACGGGAAAUACGGCAUCACAGUGAAUGCUUACGCCCCGGGAUUCAUUGAGACACCCCUCUUGGAAGGGAUUGACGAAAUAUACAGCGCAAAGAUAGGCAAACCCAAGGGGACGUGGACGCAGGAGUCGUCGGCCAAUUGGAAUGUAUUACGCCGCCAUGGACAGCCGGACGACGUUGCAAACCUUGUGUCAUUCCUCGUCUCGGAUAAUGCAGCAUUUAUCACCGGUGAGAAUCCGUCGUGUACGCGAUCGUAG